AUGUCCUGUGUAAUGUCAUGUAAACUGUCCUGUGUAAUGUCAUCAUGUACACUGUCCUGUGUAAUGUCAUGUAAAAUGUCCUGUGUAAUGUCAUGUAAAAUAUCCCGUGUAAUGUCAUUUCUGCCCUGA